CACAAAAGCACUAAAAAGGCUUCUCCCCUCUCAGUUGGUUGUAAAUGAGCAUCAGAGCUGAGUCUGAUUCACUACGAUGACACAGUGUUUAACCUUUAUUCAAUGAAGAAACCACAACUUCUGCAGCUGCUGCCACACAAUUAAGGUACACGUCAUGUUUCUGAUAUGGAUUUUCAUGCUGUCUGCUGUCCCAAACGCUCUUUGUGCCAGCUCCAUUUUCUGCCCGGACCCAGAGGCCAGUGACCAAAACACAGAUUUCAUGAUUGAUUGUCUAGGCCUGCGCUUCACCUGGCUCCACUCUGUCUUCGAUAAUUUCCCCUCGUUGCUGAAUUUCGCUCUGAAACUUCGCUGCGAGACGGGGCUUUGCCCGCGCGACAUGGAAGAUUACGGCUGCUCCUGCAGAUACAUGGCAGCUGGAAACCCUGUGGAUCCUCUGGACGUCUGCUGUGAGACUCAUCGGCUGUGUUACCAGAACGCUGCCCCCUGCAGGCAGGUGCUGCCGCUCCUCCCAAACAACUUCACCUGUUCGCCUGCAAACACCAGCUGUGAUGCCGGUGAUUGGUGUCAGCAGAGGUUUUGUGAGUGUGACCAGGCCGCCAUCGACUGCAUGAGUCAGAGCUCGUACGACUCUUCGCUGAGAGGCGUCGCCGAGUCGUCCUGCUCCUCCACAAAUCAAACAGAUCUGCUCAGUGGCACCGCGGAGACUGGCAACGAUGCCUUCAGAGGAGCAGAUGUUCUCUCGGCAGUGAACGACUCUGUGAGCCUCCAGCUCUCCAACUCUUCCCUCCUGUCGGCAGAGAUGGACCUGCUAAUGACCGGCAGAGCGGAUAACCAGAGCGACACUGCAGGGAUGGACAUUGACCUCACCACCCCACCUCCGGGCCCACCCCCCCUGCUGACGCCCGCUGAGGAGUUUGAGGAGCGUGAAGGAGGUGCAGAGGAGGUGGAAGAGGAGGAGACACCACACCUGAGUUUCAUGUCCAAAGAUCUGAAUGAGACCGUGACAGAGGAAGCGCUCGAGCAGGAAGAGAUAAAUAAGGAUCAUACAACCCACAGUCCUCCAGCAGUCAGCCUGGAGCUGACCGAUCUGUCCUCACUGAGCUCCAGAGACAACAUGACAACAUCACACGCUAACCUCACACCGCCUGUUUGGACUACAACUCCUCUGAGGACUACAACUCCCAGCGAUCUGACACCAACAACUGUGGAGGAGUCAUCAGAGGAAGGUUCACUCAUCGUCACAACUUCAUCUCUGACUUCAGCAAAAUCUCAAAACAAUCUGACCAGGAAAACAACAACAUCCAACAUGAUGCCUUCUAAGUCAUCUGAAGAAGAGGAAGAGGAAGAGGAGGAGGAGGAGGAUGAAGGGGAGCAGGAAGCCUCGGAUGAGUUUGUUGCUGAUUUAUUCAACACCGUGUCCUCAACCACCACCGCCAAAACAGCAUCAACACGGUCAACACCACCAACUGUGACCACAGAGGAGUCCAGUGAGGUGAAGGGAAGCUCAGCGACAUCAGCUUUUCCAACAGGUGGAGGAGGUGUCAGAUUUACACCUGCAACACCUUUAGCUUCAGAGGAGAGAGGAGAGCAGAGUGUCAGAGAGGAGAACUCAAGUCCUCAGAGGACGACUGAAGGUUUCUGGAUCACAACAAGGUCUACAACGAGAAGCUCAGUCUCAGAAACCAGUCCAGUCAGAACCACCGCCGCCUCAUCCACGACUCCUGACACUUCUUGGGAGGAAGACUUCACUCCAUCACCACCACCUGCUGCUCCUCUCGGUCUCGUGAGCCGAGGUCAACAGCCUCUAACACCUGCAACAACUCCAUCAUCAUCAUCUUCAAUCCGAACCAUCGGCAAGACAACACAAGGAAGACGAGUCACCUCCAUCAAACCACGAUUAGAGAUCAACACAUCAACAACAUCAACAACAUCAACAACAACAACAUUCACCACGACUGAGGCUGAAUCUGAGGAGGAGGAGCAGGAAAUAACGACAACAGACAAACCUCCGUGUGAGGAAGGAGAAGUGGUCGACAGCUCGCAGGAGAAAGAUGUGUGGGAUGUGGCUCAGAAGAGGGCAGUGCCGUUCUUCGCCUGGUCCCUGCUGGAGUCUGUCGGACUGACCGACCUACAGCUACAGCCCGACAGCAAAGAGUGCAGCCGCUCCUUCACCCUGUACGGCAGCGACGGUCGAGCCCGGCGGGAGAUGCCGGCGCUCGGCGAGAUGCUCCACUGUUUGACGGGACGAUGUCCUCACGAGUACGAGAUGUACGGCUGCUACUGCGGACAGGAGGGCGGCGGGCGGCCUCUGGACCAGCUGGACAGGUGCUGCUUCUUCCAUCACUGCUGCCUGAAACAGAUCGGCUCGAUGGGCUGCAGGUCAGAGAGGAAACUCAACGCUCAGAUCUCCUGUGAGGCCGGGAAACCACGAUGUCAGGGCGUCACCGUGUGCGACAAACUACAGUGCGUCUGCGACAAAACGACGGCCGAGUGCAUGGCCGCCGCCCGCUUCAACCACAGUCUGCCGUCGCAGCAGUGCAGCGGACCCGGACCCCCCUGUCGCCGGGCCAGCAGACCCCCCAAACCACGGCUUUCCCCUCAGUCCAGCGAGGAGGAGGAGGAGAGUGAGGAGCUGCCCGGAGGAAACUCUGAGACUCAGGAAGAGAAGAAACCUGGAGGUGAACAGGAGACGACCACAGCUCCUCCACAGCAAGUUCACAACAGUGAUGAAAGCUCUGACCUGAAGGACAAAGACAAGUCAAAUCCUCCUGCUGGAUCACCUGUCGGCCCGACACGUCCUCCUCCUCCUCCUCCUGCCUCCAGUGAGGAGAGCAGAGAGCCUCCGACACUCAGUGGGAUCCAAAGCCACAACCAGAGGCCGAGUGCAGGUCAGAGCCAAGGGCAGCGACCGGCCGGGAGACUGGAGGUGAAAGAAGAGGAGGAGGAAGAGGAAGGAGGAGGAGAAGAGGAGGAGGAAGAAGAAGAAGGAAACCAGAAGUGAAUAUAUUGAAUAUUUUGUUUUUCACAGGCAGCUUUGGGAUUUGAGGAAGUAACUCGUUGUUUGAAGAUCAUUGUGUUCCCACUAACAGACGUUGUAAUUUAUAGAAAGAACGUUAAAAAUCAAAUGUUUACUUUGAUGUUUAUGGAGUUACUUUCUUAUUUUUAUUAAAGAGC